AUGGAAGAAAUAAGCCAUAUAAAUGACAAUUCCAAAUCUCCAGCAUCUAGUUUAAUGGAUAUUGAUAAAUGUGAUAGUGUAUCUACUUCAUCUGAUAUUUCAACAGCUAGGACAUGUGGAGGUUCCAAAGAAGCAAAAAUUUUGACUGCAAUUAUCUAUAUGAUUGCAAAGGAUGAUUUAUCAUUAAAUACAACUAUUAAAUCAGGUUUCCUGCAUUUCAUGAAAACUGUGGCACCUCUAUAUAAAGUUCCCAGUCGCAUGACGAUCANUGAAAUGAUCGAUGCUAAAUAUAACAUAUUAUCAUUAAAAAUUAAAGAAAACAUGAAACAAAUUGAUGCCCUGUCUUUAACCACCGAUAUUUGGACGGAUACUUUAAAUACCAGAAGUUAUCUCGGUUUGACAGGACAUUUUAUUGAAGAAGGAAAACUACUGUCUAUUACAUUUGGAGUUACAGAACUCGAUGAACGACAUAAUGCUACAUAUUUAGCUACAGUUUUUCAAAACAUGUGUAGCAAUUGGAACAUAACUUCUGAGAAAAUUAGUGCCGUGAUUACUGACAACGCAUCUAAUAUUGUAAAAACAGUAGAAGAUUUAGGCGUACAGGCCUCCGAUGAGUUACGCAAAGCACAAAGUGAUUUAAAAGCACCUUUAAAACUGAUUCAGUCGGUUUGCACUAGAUGGAACUCUACCUACUAUCAAUUAGAAAGAUUCAUCAAAUUAUCAGAUAAAAUAGCUCCAAUACUCUUGAGCAAUUCAAAAGCUCCUACUAUGCUAACUACUUCACAAUUAGACAGUCUUAAAGAUCUUAUACAAAUUUUUAAACCUUUGGAGCUGUUAACAAAAGAAAUCUCAGGACAAAAUUAUGUUACGAGCAGUAAAAUAAUACCUAUGAUAUAUGGCUUAACUAAAUCUAUAGAAAGUGUGCAACCAAAUACAGCACUUGGCUUUGAAUGUAAAACUAUUAUAUUAAAUAAAAUUAACAAACGAUUUAAAGUUAUUGAACAGUCAGCAAAAUUACAAAUAUGUUGUCUGAUAUUGAAUCGAAAACUUCACAGCAUUUAA